AUGGCGCGAAAAUGGCCGCGUCAGUUCCGCCAACCUCGUAUGCGCGCUUGGGUUGGCAUCCCUGUCGCGGGUCAACGUCCGUCCGCGGCCUGCACGCAACGCCUCUCCCAAGGACGAUCGCCUUUCUACGUGGAACAGGUGAGGACGGGCCGCAUUAACGCGCGAUCAACAUUCACCGGCCGCAUUCCAGCGCUGAAAGCUUUCAUUGAAUCCUGCUCCAAUAAUUGGCGCGUUUCAGCCGCUAAU